GCCAAGUGUAAACAUCUCGUGUAGCUCGUGCGCCAGAGUAUUUGUAGACCGUAAUCGCUGGAAAGUAUCGCAUAAGUGAACAACAUGUCGGCCAAAGCACUAACGCCACCUCAGACGUACUCACGGCUAUUCCGUCCAUGGGACGGUAAGGAGGCAAAGUUGGAAGUGCCUUCGGGAACGCGCAGUGAGCCAAGUCCAAGCCGUGUUAGUGAUGAAGAGUCUGACUGUUACAGUGACAGUGAAAGUGAGCAGACGAUUAAAUCGGAACCAAUGGACUACAAUCACAGUCCCGUGAAAUUAAGUGCUAAUCUCGGAACAAACGUUGCAAUCCCGUCGGAUCCCUCCAUGUUGCAUUAUCCUUCAGCGGAUGUGGCCGCGUACUACCACUACUGUUAUCAGCAGCAGCAGCUCCAGCUUGCCGAACAUCCACUUCCGACGCAAAUACACGCGGAGGCACCGCGAGUUUCGGGGCCAAUGGGAGCGUUCGGAGCGUCCGGUUUACCGCCAAUGAUCGAUCCACUAGGAUUUACGUACGACCAAAUGGAGCAAGAGUAUAUGCGUGUUCUGAGUGAGGAUGCUAAGGCAAAACUGCUGGCCAGUCGCAAACAGCGGCCAAAGAAGUUUAAAUGUCCGCACUGUGAUGUAGCAUUUUCCAACAAUGGCCAGCUCAAGGGACAUAUUAGAAUUCAUACUGGAGAGCGACCGUUCAAGUGUGAUGAGCCCAGUUGCAGUAAAACAUUCACCCGGAAUGAGGAGCUAACGCGCCAUAAACGUAUUCAUACCGGUAUCCGACCCUACGGAUGUCAGACAUGUGGGAAAAAAUUUGGCCGCCGGGAUCAUCUUAAGAAGCAUAGUAAAACUCACUUGCCUCAGGAACGGUACACGUACGGGCUAAUGCCCGCGUCGGCUGCCGCGGCCGCUGCUGCGGCUAUGCUAAUGCCAAUGUACGCGACACAUGUCUUUGGGUACUAGAGAUUGUUCUCUACACACACCAUUGCCAUUUUUUAAUAUAAAACCCAGUGAUCGUGUCGAUAGCAUAUACUAUCGAUCGUGAUAAAGUCAUUGCCACUAACGUUCGGAACUAUUGUUUGGAAGCACUCGCUUAUACUAUAGUUUGAGAGUUUAAAGGACUACUAGAAUUAAGCAUGGACAAAUGUUUUCGUGGAGUAUCUUGGAAAAGGUUGUUCU